UAAUUGGGUGCAAAGAUUCUAGCUGUGCGCUGGCGCAGGCGUCCCAUUCCGCGAUAACGAGGCUGUUUAUAUGCGGUCGCGGUGUGCGCGCGCGCCAGUCUAUACACAGUCGUUCGCGAUGCCGGCCUGCGCGCCCGAGUACCGCCUCGCGCGAGCCAACACCGAACUGGCUUUCUCCCCCCGCGUCAAGAGGUGCCCGCACCAGACGCCGCCCUUCACGGCCCUCAGAAGAUCGUUCUCCUCGACGUUCUCGCUGAUCCCGGAGGAGCGUGCCGUUCCCCCGGAACACCCCCCGGCGCUCACGAGGGUCGUCCGCAUCCUCACCUGGCUGCCGAGACAGUUCCUCCGGCCGCUCUUUGCUAUACUCAGUUUUAUAGCCCACCCGGCCUGGAAACAAAUUCUCGUGGUGCUCCCUACGCUGUGGAUCGCCGCCACACUGUUUAUCUUCUGGAAAUGCGUUCAAUGGCCCCUCGGAUUCCUGAAGAUGAUCGCGAGUGCCGUUUCGAAGAAUCCCAACAAGCCGCGAACGGUUCUCAUCAGCGGCGGAAGCUCCGUGCAGGCGCUGCAUUUGGCGAGAAACUUCCACUCCGCCGGAGCCAGAGUGGUCGCUUUCGAGAUCGAGGGACAGUUCGCGCUGCUCAAGUACUCGGCGGCCGUCAAUAGAUUCUACACAGUGCCCCGGCCCAACCCGGCGGAUCCUUUGGCGUACGCGCGAGUUCUAGAAGAGAUAGUCCGCAAGGAGUCGGUGGUGUUCUACAUACCGGUCAGUUCCACUACGCCCGCCUACUACGACGCACUAGCGAAACCGCAUCUCGAAGUUCACGGAUGUCAAUGUUUCAUACCGAGUGCCCGCGACGUCGUCACACUGGACGAUCCUCUGGAGUUGAUGCGAGUGUGCCGAGCGGCCGGUCUGGCUACACCCCAACAUUGGGUGGUGACGAGCGAAAAGGACUUUCGAAACUGGUACGACUCCGGCGUAUCGAGGGAGGGCCGCUUCUUUAUCGCUAGCGCCGGGGCUCGCGGGGCCCGCGACCGCCUAAGAUUUAUUUUGCCCGAGGAGCGUUCUCAGUUCAGAUUUCCCCGAGAAAUCAGUGCCGAGAAGCCGUGGGUGAUCGUCAAGGAGCCGAAGGGAGAGAAGGUCGUGACCUGCACCACUUUAAAGGAAUCUCGGGCAGUGAACAACGUGACGUGCCGAGUGGACUCCUCCAAGAAGGGGUUAGUUCAUCAGCGAGACGAGGAAGCGGACGUCUGGGUACAAAGGUUCAUAUCGUACGUCGCGCCAUCGCGACCUAUGACCGGCCACAUAUCGUUCAGACUGGUGCGAGAGGAGAACUCGUCGGACGAGCGUGACAACAAGCUGGUGGCGAUCGGAGCUCGGGUGGGAGUCUCCCUGCCUUAUCUGUGCCAGGGGCCGAAGCGCUGCAGCCACUCGGCGACCGUCGGAAAACUGUUGAACACGGUACUGGACACUCGGGAAGCGCUGUUCGCUUUCUGGGACCCGCUGCCGUACUGCGCCUACUACCAGUCCCGGGUGCCGGAGGAUCGCAGGUCUCUACCUCCGGAGCCCUGCAAGACUCCCCCGAAUGUUCCUCUAUGAAGACUAGACAGUAAUUAACAAGAAUACUCAAGUACCUGAUGAAUGCGUGAUUGGGGCCGUCGAUGUCGCGCGCUCUUUGUCUCCUAUCCCUUUCCGAGGACCACCGGCCUCGGGCCGAGAGAGCAGGACGACGAAUUUGUACCUACUAAGUAGAGAUAUGUGUACGUUCAUAAGACUACGAAUUUAUGUUGAUUAUUUUAAUGUAGGCUAUAAUUUAUAGAUUAAUUGAUGUUCCUUUUACACUAUUUAUAAUUUUAUACGAAUAAAUGUUUUAUAAUCA